ACCACAAGCGGCUUCAAUCCAAACCAGAAGCAGGGCGACAAAAGAAAUCAGCAUGACAACAUGAGUGAGAGGGUGUCAGCGCUGAGUCGGGAGGACGGCGAUAUUACAAUGGGAUAUUAUGACGAGGAAGACGACUUGGAGGCGUUUUCAGACGCCGAGGUGGGCUGUGGGGGCGGAGUGUUGGACGUCAGUGAUUCUCUGAAUGGAGAGGUCAAACCUCGUAUACUAUUGAUGGGCCUGCGGAGAAGUGGGAAAUCUUCUAUCCAGAAGGUGGUUUUCCAUAAAAUGUCACCCAGUGAGACCCUGUUCCUGGAGAGCACCAAUAAGAUCUGCAGAGAGGAUGUCUCCAGCAGCUCCUUUGUCAGCUUCCAGAUCUGGGACUUCCCUGGCCAGAUUGACUUCUUCGACCCCACCUUUGACUAUGAAAUGAUCUUCAGAGGAACCGGAGCGCUAAUCUUUGUAAUUGAUUCACAGGAUGACUAUGUCGAGGCUUUAAGAAGACUGCAUCUCACAGUGACCAGGGCCUACAAAGUCAACCCAGACAUCAACUUCGAGGUGUUCAUUCACAAAGUUGAUGGCCUGUCAGAUGACCAUAAGAUUGAAAAGCAAAGGGAUAUUCACAAGCGAGCCAACGAUGACCUCGCAGAUGCAGGCCUAGAACGGAUACACCGAAGCUUCUAUUUAACAAGUAUAUACGACCACUCCAUAUUCGAGGCUUUCAGUAAAGUGGUCCAGAAACUCAUCCCACAGCUGCCCACACUGGAAAACCUGCUCAACAUCUUCAUAUCUAACUCAGGUAUUGAGAAGGCCUUCCUGUUUGAUGUGGUCAGUAAGAUUUACAUUGCCACAGACAGCAGUCCAGUGGACAUGCAGACAUAUGAACUGUGUUGUGACAUGAUCGAUGUGGUCAUUGACAUCUCCUGCAUCUAUGGUCUGACAGACAUUGACGCUGGUUUACCCUAUGACAAGGAGUCUAUGGCCAUAAUCCACCUGAACAACAGUACGGUCAUGUACCUGAAGGAGGUCACCAAGUUCCUUGCUGUGGUUUGCUUCCUUCGCGAGGAAAGCUUUGAGAAGAAAGGACUGAUUGACUACAACUUCCACUGUUUCAAGAAAGCCAUCCAGGAGGUUUUUGAUGUUCGAGUAAAGGUUCAACAAAAUCGUAAACUCCUCAAUCAGAGGAGGUGGAGCAAACUGACUGUGACCAAUGGAGUACUCAGCAACCCCCACUGAGGACAUAUCAAACAGCCAAAUAUACCUGAGCUGGACCCUGAGAAAUCCAGGAGACUCCAUCCUCAUUCAAAGGAACACAUUACCUUUUUCCUUACUGUCAGAUUCUGACCUCUGUUUUUCUCUCUACUUUUUACUUCACUUUUUAAAAACUUUUAUCACAGUACUCUUUAGUGGCAUGUAGCUCAAGGUACAGUAUAGAUUUAUUUUUAUUUGAUUACAGCAGGUUGUAAAGUUAAAUUGAGUUUGUAACUCCCUUCUUCUACGUUGCAGACAAUUUACAUUAAUAUAAAAGCAAUCAUAAAAAUUGUAAACAUAAAUAAACUAUAUCCAGUGAAGCAGUAUUGAGGAUGAAUUUAGGUUUAAGCCUGAUAGUUUGGGGGAAAAAGCUGCUCUACAGUCUGGUGGUGUGGCAGCAGA